AUGUCGUAUAUUUCUCGCCUUGUCACGGGCGGUUCUCCGGUGUUAUGGUGUUGGCAUGGUGGCUGCUGCUUGCUGCGGGGCGUUUCUUUCGACUUGCUUCCCUUAACUGCAGCCAACCACUUAAGCUUCCCGUCUUCCUGCUGCGACGGCGGCAGGUGUUUUUGCUGGCUCUUGUGUCUUUCGUGGCUGUCGGUGCGCCGUUGGCUUUCGCUGCACUCGCUUUUCUCCCUGCUCGGCAGCUGUGGAAAGUCCGAUGACGUCAUUGGUGGUCUUGUCUUCUGGAGCUGUUGCUGUUCACGUUCCUCUCGGCGCUCCCAUUUUCUUUUCGUGACGACGAAGGGGACCUUGAACUUGUUCUUGCAAAUUCUAUCUGCCGUCGGAUGCGCUCCUCCACAUAGCUUGCAACUUGGCUUGCAUGCCUUCUCGUGGUCCGCGUCGGGGUUGGCCUCCCCGCACGCGAAGCAUACUCUGGUCUCCGGGGUUGGACAUACGUCGAUGCGGUGUCCGACUUUUCCGCAACAUCUACACACUUCAUGAUGUUUCCUGUAAAGCCCGCACUUGAGCAGUGCCGCUCGGUAUAUUACGUACCGGGGCACUCUCUGUCCUUCAAAGAGGACGAUGACCGCUGUAGAAUUUCCAAUCCUGUGCGCCUCUAGCGCCGUUGGGUUAUACUUUGUCACGACCGCCUCAUUUAUGUCUUCGGGCGAGUCGUCAAUUGCGAUACCUCUGAUGAUUCCCUUCGCCGUCCCUUCGGGCGCGGUUCGGUAGGCGGAAACCUCAAAUUCCAUGUUGCCGAAUUCGACGGUCCUGAUCUUAGUGUAAAUUUCGGCUCUCUGCUCGCUCGGCGUGCUCACGACUAAGAUGUUCUGCGCCGCAUUGAUGCACACCAUGUCUUCGCCCUGGUAUUCUUUCGCCGUCCCCGCGGCCGCCAUAAUGGCGUCCGUGACGACCGGCGUCUCGAUUCGAGCUACGUUCAGGCCGCCCCUGGGCCUAAUCACGAUCUUAUGGUCGUCUCUGGGGAUAGCCGCCGGCAUACGGGCUGCUUUCUUGAUAUUCUCGGUAACUCGCUUGACAAAGUUAACUCUCUCCUUGGGUCUCGACUGCCGUUCCGCGGUUAAAGAUGGUCUCUCACCUUGCAGCUCCUUGGCCUUGCGCAUUCUUCUACUCGUCGUGGUCCAUCCGCUCGACUCGCCGGGUGUCGCGUCGCGGCCUCCUACUUGAACGUACAUCUUCCCUUCAUCGUUGCCGACUAUCGUUGCCUGCAGGCCUUUGGUUGCCGGGCUCUCGCACACCUCCAUCGUCGGUGGCGACGCCAUCUUAUUCGUACUCGUCGGGUAGGCCUAACACCGGGGGCGAUCGCCCCGGUGGCCGUACUCGUGCGCUAAGCCUAAGGCCUAGCAACGCUUGCUCGCCUCGAAUUUUCGAAGUCCCAAAAGAGGCGAAAAUUCACAUACCACUUGCGCGAUGUUGGUAUCGGCUGGUUCCUCGUACCGUACCGCACACUUUCGUAACAAAUAAA